AUGGCAGCCGUUGGUAUGAUGGCAUACCCAGCCCGCGAGACUUUCAACGGCUAUCCCCAGCAAUACGCCAUGUAUCCGACACGAGUACAACAGAUGCACCCUGAAAUCGCCGCAUCUAACAAUGCCAAUCCAUAUGCAAGCUACACAUCAACGCCGCAGCCCCAACAGCAGCAACAGCAGCAGCAGCACCAAUACCAUCAUGCUGCGACCCGUUCGCCACAGUCUUCUGGUUCUCCCGUAUCAGACGAUGGCCUCAAGCCGUCCUUGCCCUCCAUCUCGAACCUACUUGGAAUCGCAGACCGACCAACGCUCGAAUCAGCCUCUCAACACGCGCAAACGUCGACGCAAUUGCUCGRGCAGGCACAGCAACGACAGCCAUCGCCACAGCAGUAUCAAACAGACKCCAGAUCACGAGCUCAGGAGCAAGCGACCAGUCCGCGGACAGCCGUUCAUACAUCGGCACCUUUGCGUACCGAUUCCGUGUUAGAGGGUACCCAAAGUCCGUCUGCAAGCAAUUUGUCCGGUCCACCGUAUUUUGUGGGCUCAGCCAUCAACAACACCGACCCAGCCGAUCAACGCACACUCCAACUCAUGACGAAGCGCGACUCUGUACCGUCUCAGCCAAACAUGUCUCCAUACGGCUCUGCGCGAUACACAUCAUCACCCUACGCAAAUUCACCUGGCGCAGGUUCAACAAGUUCCUACUUCUCUCCCACAGAGCCCAGCUACCCAGUUCCACACAACAUGUAUCAGCAGCGCCCCUUGCCCUCGAAUUUCCCACCCCAGGCGGUACAGCAACCGCCUCAUAUGCCGACUAGCAAUCCUUGGGAACAUCACCAUUACAUAAGUCCUUCUUCGCAGGCGACCUUCCCGCAAUCACAGGAUCGAUACAUUUGCACGACGUGCAACAAGGCGUUCAGUCGACCAUCCAGCCUGAAGAUUCACACCAACAGUCACACAGGGGAGAAGCCUUUCAAAUGCCCACAAGCUGGCUGCGGGAAGGCAUUCUCAGUGCGUAGCAACAUGAAGCGCCAUCAUCGCGGUUGCCAUUCCGCCGGCGUGAGCCACAUGCCACCCCAACAUCCUCACAUGAUGGUUUGA